AUGACCAACCAAGACUCAUCAGAACCCUCCGAGUUCUGGCUAUACGGAUACGGUGAAGAUCACCGAGGCACCCCAGAAGCUCCAGGUCGUGUUGUCACUCUCAUUGAGAGAUCCUACUGGGAACAGCUGACCGAUCAUCACGACUCUGCCCCAGAGCGAGUAUGGGGCGUUGCUUACCGCAUCAUCCCCGAGAAAGUCGCUGAGGUCAAGGAAUACCUUGAUAUCCGCGAGAUCAACGGAUACACAAUCCACUACGCUCCAUUCCAACCUGCUGAUGGUUCACCUCCCAUCCGCACCCUGGUAUACAUCGGAACCCCAGAUAAUGAGCAGUUCGUCGGUCCCCAAGACCCCCAGAAGCUUGCCGAACACAUCUUUCGCAGCCAAGGACCCAGUGGUCUGAACAAGGACUAUCUUUUGAGUCUCGACACAGCUCUCAGCGAGCUUGCCCAUGAUAGCGGUGAUGUCCAUAUCCACGAUCUUGCCCGCCGCGUCAGAGAACUUGAGAGAAGCUGCGCAGAUGAGAAUAAGGUCACCAGCUCAACGCCCUCCGCCCAUAGGCAGAAGCACAGUACCGAGGAGGCAGAGGAAAUCGAGGAGCCACACCAUUAA